CUAUUUCGACCUUGUCGUUCUGCUUGUGUAGGUGUGCGAAUGAAUGCUGCUGGAAGCAGUUCAGACGCGUUUGUUUCACCGCUAGCAGUCGUCGCUCCACGAAGAACAAAUAUUCAAUAAUUUUUCAAGUUUCAAAUACAGUCAUUGAUUACUCCGGCUUUGUGACCUGGGAGGAAAUAGUUAAUAUUUGCAACAGUGAACGUUAAAAACGCCAGGCGCUUAUAUUGGCGGCUGUGCCGCAUCCUUACCGCAAACGAAAAUUUUCGCCAUCUCUGCGGUGCUUAUCUUUCGGAUUGGUUUAUUCAUCGUCUCUGUUUAUUUCUCUCGGAAAUGUUUGACACGGAAAAAUUUAUUUCCGAAGUCAAACGUCGACCAGCACUGUAUGAUGUUCGCUCUAGUGAUUAUGUUUGCCGUGAAUUGAAAGCUCAAUGUUGGGCAGAUAUUGGCGCGAUCAUGUACCGGGACUGGAAGUCGAUGAGUGCAACCGCAAGGGAUACGAAAUGCAAAGGUCUCAUCAAAAAGUGGAAAGCGGUUAGGGACAACUUCGUGAAGGACCAGAGAAUACAGCAAGAAGCAAAACACAAGAAGAGACGAUAUGUAUACCACGAUCAGCUGCAAUUUCUGCUGCCGCACCUGAAAGGUAAUGAAAAUUACCUCUCGAAAAAUGGACACAUAGAAAGUGCUAUGCCGCUGGAUCAAACUGCCAGUAAUGAUGACGAGGACGAUCACAAGCAAAUCAGUAUUGAUCCGUUCACCAGUAGUGUGGCAGUGUUCGACGAAUCGGCGCUUCGUAAACUAGAACAGGAAGGAGACGUCUACGGACAUCGAACGUUUCUGAUGUCAUAUGUUCCACUGCUGAACAGCUUGCCACUUCAUGCGGCUCUGCAGGCCAGGAUACAAAUUGCGCAAGUUAUCAGUGAUUUCCAUACUUGCUCUUCGGAAGAGUUUAAAGCGUUGCAACAAUGAAUGGUCAGAAUGGGAAAUGGAUAAUUAUCAGCACUAGGUAUUUUCAAGUUGUGUAAUGGAUUUGAGCAUUCGUUAUUACAGUUCUAGUCAAAAUCAGUGAUGGAAUGAAAUCAUUAACUUUAAAAUCACGUUCAUGUAAAACAUUUGUUUUUAUUUUCGGUAUAUUUUAUUUAAAGAAAGGCAAAUAAAUAAAACAUCAAUUGUUUGACGUGUAAUAUAAACACCCUUUCAUGGCUUGGAAUCUGUUCAAUAUGAGAACAGCCAGCAUAUCUAAAUAAAUAAAAAUUGAUUUGGUGUCCAUAUGUCACGAUUUUACCCCGAGAAAGGAUCAACAGAUUUCAAUUCUGUUCUAUGAUCUUUUUAUGAUCCAUGUGUUUUGGUGUGC